GUCAGGCUGAAAAGCACUUAACCAAAAAGUAAAAUAAAUGUCUGUCAAAAUCAGUGUUCGUGUUCUACAUGCCCCCAAAAAUAAGUGUAAACACGUUUCUUUUGUUUAUUAUUAACCACGCAUCGUUUCACCGACUACCUAAGGCCAAUUUCCAUUGUUUCGUUUAGUGGCUGAGCCGAAAUCCGACCGAAUGUCUGCAUAAUAGGUCAAGAGGAGCAGGGAUAUACCAUGAUUUCUUCACUGAUAUUUUGACUGUGAAAAUCUCCAGGUUGGAGUAAAGGCGAAUAAAUCGCGGAUAAUGCUAGCGAGAUUUAGCUGAUAAGCCCAUCAGUUCGCAACCACAUCAAUGGAAUCCAUCAGGAAGUGGCUGUACAAACCAAAGCGGGACGACAAGUCGUUGCUAGCGCAGUUCUUCUAUGCGGACGAAGACCUGAACAUAGUGGCAAAUGAACUGGACAGCUUCGAUGGAAGAAAAGACCCAGAGCGAUGCACCACUUUGGUAAACCAGCUGCGGCAGGCGCAGGACAAGGUUUUAACCGUCACCAACACCAUUAUGGAUGCGUUGAUUGGAAACGAGCGGGCCAACCGGGAUUUCCGGGUCAAGUUUCCUGAAGAUGUGCUGCAAGACAACCUGGCAGGUCAACUCUGGUUUGGCGCCGAGUGUUUGGCGGCUGGCUCCUCUAUAAUGAACCGAGAAGCCGAAAGCACCGUGAUGCGACCGCUGGCCAAAGCAGUGACAAAAAGCCUUGAAAACGUCCGAAAUCUGCUGCGAAACGCUUGCCUAAGAAACAACACCCCUAAUGGCCCCAUUAAACUCGACUCUAACGACAUAUUCACCGAAAUGCUGCUCGAAAGCCUGAAAAUCUUCGACAAACUCUUUGCCCAGUUCGAGCUGGCCUAUGUGAGCGCAAUGGUGCCAGUUAAAUCCACGCAAGAGUACGAGCUUCAGGAAUUAAUAGGAGUGCUGUUUUCCGAAACCUUGAGAAGAGCGUUGAAAAUGAAGUUGCUCACGCAGGAAAUGAUCGACGACUGUGAUCCAGCCUUAAUGUUUACAAUUCCUCGACUGGCGAUUGUUAGUGGCCUUCUAGUGUUCCCCAACGGACCGUUGUGCAUAGAUAGACCGGUGGAAAAAAUGAGUGAACUGUUCCGGCCGUUUAGGACUUUGUUGCAUAAAAUCCGCGAGUUGCUGUGGAUUUUAAAUAAACGUGAGCUGUACAUGCUCGAAAAGCUUCUGUGUGAUAACGAGCAAAUUGAAGACGUGAAGUCGGUUAGUGAUGUUAAUGUAGAUAUAAGCGAGGACGAGUUUGUGGAUCAGUUUUACAACGACUUUCAAAAUUGCUGGCAGCAGCUGAUCCACGACAGCCCCAGCGGGAGCGCCGCGGAACCGGAAACCCCAACCGCUGACGAAAAUGCACAACGAAACAUUACAAUAAGCGACCUGCCCAUUGAAGGCCCAUCAACGUCUGGCUAUUUGAUACCUAAGAACGUGGUGCGCAACACGAUUAUAGCUUCAUCGGCGUCUCCAAGCUCUCGACAUACUGUCUCGGCGGAAUCGCCUCCUGAACAGGACUCUCUGGAGAUUAUUUCGGCGGCAGCCGCCACGUUGUCCUCCAUCCUCAACAUCAGCGACAGCGUCCCGCAGAAAAGCGCAAGUGUCGACCUGGAAUCGCCAGAUGAUUCCGGAAUCUGCACGGAGACAACUAGUCUGGACCGAUCGCCCACCUUGGAGAUAACCGAGGCGGCAGAUUGCCGCUGCAAUCCCAAAAUGCCCUCAUGUUGCCAAAACAGCCCUUAUCGAGGCGCGUCUAGCCGACACAGCAAAGUGCAAACGCAGAAGACGGGAUCCCCAAAGGCCGGACUGUUAGCUAGGAAGAAAGAGGUGCUGCCCAGCUCAAACGACUACUCUUGCUCAAGCAGCUCGGAAACUUCUUCGUACAACAGCAACUGUGCGGAUGAUGCUGAGAUUGCUUACGCUCUUCAGGCUGCCGAGCUUGCAAGUCGCGAGGAACUGCGAGCGAAAUACAGAUCAAGUGAGGAUCUGAUCCACCGACUGUUCGUGUGCAUUGCCGGCGUGGCCGACCAGCUGCAGACGAACUUUGCUUGUGACCUUCGCAACAUUCUCAAGUCAGUGUUUCUGAUAAACGCUUCCGAUUCCAUAGAGGCGCCAGCCAAAUCACUCGACGCCCGCUCAAUGGAAACUUCCAUAGAAUAUCACCCGACUGAAGACGAGGUAAUCGAAAAUAACGAGUUCUCCGUUGACCCGAAUAUUCUCGCGCAAGAAGCCCUUUUCGAUACGAACGUGUACUUUCACUUGGAGCCGGAGGAGUUUCCCGAGACUGACUACUCAAAUCACCCGCGGCAGUACCAGAUGGACGACAAUAUUUCGGCGUUGAGUGCCGAUCUCAACUGGUACACCUCGUUGCAAACGGACAUCGCCAAUCUGGACUCUUUGCCGCAGAUUCCGGAUCCGGAACCUCCGGAAAUUCCGCCGGAACCGACCCAGGCGCCUCCAGUGUGGAUUCCCGAUAUCCAGGCGCCAAAGUGUAUGAGUUGUGGCACCAAUUUCACCGUUAUAAAGCGACGCCACCAUUGCAGGAACUGCGGAAAAGUGUUUUGCGCGCGGUGCUCGUCCAAUAGUGUUCCCUUGCCCAAGUACGGUCUGAUGCGGCCCGUGCGAGUUUGCAAUAAAUGUUUCAUGUACAAUUUAACUCCUUUCACUAUCCACUAGUACGAUGGUGGCGAUUACUAGCGAUUAUGGUUGAGCACUAGGUUAUCUAGUCUAUUGAGAUAAGUUCUAAGUUUGUGAAAAAUAGUCUAUUGAGCUUAACAUGAAAAUUUAUUUCGAUUUUGUCUAAACCAGAGCAUGCAGGCACGGUACUUAUGAGUUGUGAGAGUUUUAACUUAGUUAUUUUAUCCUCUUUUAGUUUGAUACUUUAUUUUGUUUGUGGCUUUAAAUCACUGAAGGAAAAUGGCGUUAUUUUUUAGGUUUUUUAAGCAACAGCUGAACUAAUAAAUUCUCAUUCAAGUAAUUGAAUGGAAAGCGAUUGAAUAAGAUGGUUAAAGCAUAAUUUUCUCAUUUUAUUCGUAGGCUGUAAGCUUUUGACGAAAGUAUUUUUAGUUAAGUAGUGACUGUUAAAGGGACUGGAAACUGCUUCCAUUUUAUGUGGUUGAAACCCCCCUAACUUGGUCUUGCUACCAUUCACCUUGACAGUAUCAAAAUAUUUUUAUUAAUCAUUUUAAAAAGUUCACUGAUUUAUUGCUCAAUCCCGUACUCGCGUCCUUUUUCAGCUUAAUUCCGAUAUUUCUAGGAUCUGUUGUUGUUUUUAACCUGAAUUAGCUAAUAGAUACUGCAGAUUGUAUAGAAUUGUUACUUGCAUUCAUGAUAAUUGCCCGUAGCGGAUAUAGGAAAUAUUUUUAUAUAAAACGGUUAUAGACUAAUAUGGAAAUUUAACUAAACUAGCAUUUCAGAUUUUGCCUUAAAUACUAUAUAGCGUUAGCGAGUAGAUCAAAGCCGGAAAAAUCACACUAGUGACAUUAUUUGUACUUGUUUAGCCAAACCUUUACUUUCUACGACCCGCUCGUUCCAUACAAUUUGACUUUUUUGCUGUAUAGUGCACUGAACUAUUUUGUGAUAACUGUAUAUUUUCUUUUCAAUGGUUUACGGGAUUAUCAUAUCCAAUAAAUGAAUUUUUUA